CAGUGCUCUGUGUCCUUCAGACACAGCAGAUCACCAAUCCACAGAAAGAGCCGAAGAUGUCGGCUCGGUCAUUGCCGCCUAUCAGUGCCAGUCAGUGCCGCCUAUCAGUGCGCAUCAGUGCCGCCUAUCAGUGCCAGUCAGUGCUGCCUAUUAGUGCUAGUUAGUGCCACCUAACAGUACCAGUCAGUACCAACUAUCAGUGCCAUCUAUCAGUGCCAUAUAUCAGUGCCAUAUAUGAGUGCUGCCUUUCAGUGCCCAUCAGUGAUGCCU